UAAUCACAACAAACUAAAUAAUUUAUAAAUUCACUUGGAAAAGGGGACAAUGAAUCGUUUUGCCUAUGAGACGGCUCGCUUAACUGAAUCUGAGACUUUCGUCAGUCGUGACCGUCAAGUUAAAAUUUACGACGGCGACCAAAAAACAGAAUUCGAGGAUGGUGAGGUGGUGCUCACCACACACAGGCUGUUCUGGGGCCGUCCCGGUGAAAUAGCUAGAGCAGCUAUAGCUCUGUGUCUACCUCUAAGCUAUGUGAUAUCGCUGAGCGAAGAAACAACUGCCUCUAACUUUUUUGGACGUAAGACACGAAUUAUAAUGCAUUUGCGCCCACCGCAUCCCGAAAAAGCGCCUGGUCCGCUGGACAUGAGUCGUGCAUCGCACAUAAAGCUUUCCGGCAAGAAUGGACUAAGCGUUGAGUUUCACAGCGCAUUGCGCGAAACUUUGAAUGCGCGAGUUUGGGAAAUCAUGUUGGUUAACGAGACAACAAUUCGAAGCCCCGGACCACUGCCAGUGUCCGAUAGCAAUGAUAGGCUGGCCAGAAUACAAAAGCGCACAGGUAUUGGUGGCAUAGAGCGUCAUCUGGAGGCAAAGGCCAAGGCUACGGAUGAGAAUAUAGCGCUGGCUUUCCAAGAUCUAAGCGUGCUUAUGGCCAUGGCCAAGGAUAUGGUGGGAUUAUCCAAAAACAUAAGCAGCAAAAUACGCGAGCAAAAAGGCGAAAUAUCAGAUGAUGAAACUGUGCGCUUUAAGUCGUAUUUGCUCAGCUUGGGCAUAGACGAUCCGGUGACGCGUGAUAACUUUACCAGCAAUACGGCGUAUUUUAAUAGUUUGGCGCAGCAGAUAUGCGAGAUGCUGCUGGAUCCCAUAGAAGAACAUGGCGGCAUGAUGUCUCUGGCUGAUGUGUACUGUCGCGUGAAUCGCGCACGCGGCUUGGAACUGUUGUCACCAGAAGACUUGUUGCAUGCAUGCGAACAGCUGAGCGGGCCAAUCAAACUGCGCAGCUUUCCCAGUGGCGCGAGAGUGCUGCAGCUGGAGUCACAUGAUGAUGAGCUUAUAGCCAGCGAUACGCUGGAGAAAGUGCGCGCUGCCGAAUCAAUGGCUGUGGAGGAGCUGGCAAAGCAGCUGGGCAUCUCAUUGCUGUUGGCCAAAGAGCGCCUGCUGGUAACCGAGCGACUUGGCAAAGUGUGUCGCGAUGAGUCCGUCGAGGGAUUGCGCUUUUUUCCCAAUCUGCUGCUGCAACGUGAUUUUUAAAUAUAAAACUUUGUUCAAUUUGUUAAUAUUAAAUACAGAGCAUAGA